AUGAUUUUUUGCAAUGGAAUCCAAAUGAUUAUGAUGGCGCUACUGAAAUUUUCCUUUCCUCAAACGAUAUCUGGAUUCCGGAAUUUUCCCUUUAUUACAGUGAAAUUAUUGAGCAAUAAUGAUGUUCGUGUUAAUUACACCGGAAAUGUUCGCUAUUAUUUGCCUUAUUCGACUGAAUCAUUAUGCAAAUUGGAUGUCAAAUUUUUCCCUUUCGAUAUUCAACAAUGCACCUUAUUGUUUGGUUCAUGGGCACAUUCAAAUGAUUCAAUUAAAUACGCCUUAUAUUCCAAACAUCUCAGUUUGAUCGAUUUCUAUGAUAAUCAAGAAUGGCAACUUGAUUCGAGUCAUAGCAAUAUCGUAUCCGAUAGUUUCCUCUAUGAUUAUUUGGAUCCACCAUUAUUCUGGGAAAUGAUUAUUAUGGAACUUGUAUUAAUUCGACAAAGCUUCUAUUACGUUUUUAACUUAGUUAUACCAAGUACAAUUAUCACUUUAGUAGCUGUCAUCGGAUUUCAUACACCAAGCACAAGCGGUAAAAUGAGGGAUGCAAAAUUUCGACUUGGUAUAAUGACAUUAAUGAGUAUGAGUGUCAUAUUGCUUGCAAUUGUUGAAGAUAUGCCAAAAUUUAGCAUGUCAAGUUCACGUAGAGGACGUGGUUCAUUCUCUGGUAUUCCAUUAAUUGGUUUAUAUUAUUUUAUCUUAUUAGCAAUAAUUGGCUCAUCAACAGUUACCACAUCAAUGUUCGUUUUUCUGGAAAAAGAUUUAAGACGUAAUAACAAUAUACCAUGUUAUUUACAUUGGCUUUCAUUCGAUAUAAAUACAGGAUUUUUUCGUCCUAUUUCUUCGAAUGAUAUCGAUAAACGACUUAUCGUACGUAAUGAUUCAGCAAGACUUUCUCCGCCAGCCAUACUCAGGGGACGAUUUGCCAUUACACCCAAUUUAAUGUCAAACUAUGAUGACGUUGAACAUGUAUGUAAUCAGUCAUGGGAAUAUCUGAUUGAUACGAUAAGAAAUAUUGAAGCAUCUGUUAAUGCAAUACGUGCAGAAAUGAUGAACCUUGUGCCACAAGACAAUUUGCAAAGUAGAUGGCAACGAGUGAUUCGACGUCUCGAAAUUAUUUCACUAUCAUUUUAUGUUAUGCUGCUUGCUGUAACUGCAUUUCUUUUCUUUUAUCAUGAUUGGUAUUGCGCAAUUGGACACAGCCCAUGCGGCCAAGCUAAUCUUAAGUGCCCAUGGAUGAAAAAUACCCCAACACAUCAGACAUGUUUUUGA